UAGCUCCACCUCCGAGGAAGUGCCCUCUCCGGAGCAGUAGGCUACCACGGAUCUGCUGGCCGCCCCCCUCCCGAGGAAACACUGGCCAGAGGAGAGGCUCCGCCGCAUCGGCUCUACUUCUUCUCGGUGUUUAUUCGUCUGGUUUGGGUGAACUGCUGCCGCCAUGGCCGACGAAGGCAUGGAUGAACGGUCCCCGCUGCUCUCAGCACCGAACUCUGGGAAUGUCACACCGUCGGGACCGCCUUCGUACCUGCAGGACACGAGCCCGAGAGCUGAACUCCCUCCCCCCUACACAGCCAUCGCCAGUCCCGACCCAGGGGGGGUACCAGUCAUCAACUGCCGGGUGUGUCAGUCUCUCAUUAACCUGGAUGGCAAGCUGCAGCAGCACGUGGUGAAGUGCACUGUGUGCAACGAGGCCACGCCCAUCAAAAACCCCCCGACUGGGAAGAAGUAUGUACGCUGUCCCUGUAACUGCCUCCUCAUCUGCAAAGACUCAUCUCGCAGGAUAGGAUGCCCCAGACCCAACUGCAGACGCAUCAUCAACCUGAGCCCGGUGAUGGUGAUUCCAGAGGAGCAGCCGGCCCAGCCAGCCCUGCCAGUCCAGCCUGAGGGCACGAGGGUCGUCUGUGGCCACUGUGGAAACGCCUUCCUCUGGAUGGAGCUCCGAUUCAACACACUAGCAAAAUGCCCUCACUGCAAAAAAAUAUCGUCUGUGGGUAGUGCUCUUCCAAGGAGGCGUUGUUGUGCCUACAUCACUGUGGGAAUGAUCUGCAUCUUUAUCGGAGUGGGAUUAACAGUGGGCACUCAGGACUUUGCCAGUCGUUACCAUGCCACCUAUGUGUCCUGGGCGUUCUCCUACCUCCUGGGUCUGAUCUGUCUGAUACGAGCUUGUUACUGGGGAGCCAUCAAAGUCAGCUAUCCAGAGAACAGCUUUUCCUAGACAGACAGACGGUUGUACUGUAAAUCUUCCUUUAAGUUGUUCACGUUGUUGUUGCUUCGAUUCUGACAGCUCCAAGGUCAGUCCUGUCCGGUCACUCCUGGUCCAAGAGAAAACAGAAAUCCAGCCCGGGUUUUGCAAUUAACUCAAGAAAUCAGAUCAGUAAUUAAGACAUUAAUUGGUUCGAUAAAUCAUAAAGUGUGAUUUAAGUAAUUGAUAUUGAAAUGAAGAAAUAUGAUGAUUACAAAGAAAGCCAGGUGGCUGGAUUCUAUCUCCUGGACCACUGACUGACUGACUGGCUGGCUGACUGACUGGCUGACUGACUGACUGGCUGACUGGCUGACUGGCUGACUGACUGGCUGACUGACUGGCUGACUGACUGACAGGCUGGCUGACUGACUGACUGGCUGGCUGACUGGCUGACUGGCUGACUGACUGGCUGACUGACUGGCUGACUGACUGACAGGCUGGCUGACUGGCUGACUGACUGACUGGCUGGCUGACUGGCUGACUGGCUGACUGACAGGCUGGCUGACUGGCUGACUGACUGACUGACUGACUGGCUGGCUGACUGGCUGGCUGACUAACAUACUGACUGACUGACUGGCUGGCUGACUGGCUGGCUGACUAACAUACUGGCUGACUGGCUGACUGGCUGGCUGACUGGCUGGCUGACUGACAUACUGGCUGACUGACUGGCUGGCUGACUGGCUGACUGACUGGCUGGCUGACUGACUGGCUGGCUGACUGGUUGAUGGAUGGACAUGUUACACAUUUUACGUACUGCAUUUUGUUACCAACCAAAUGAAAAUAAUAACUUUUAUUAAGAAAAAUGUUGCCCAUUGCACUACAAUUAUAUGCAAUGAUUCUGUUCCGUUGCUGCUAGUUACCCCAGCUCCAAAAGAUGUCUCUCUUCUCUCUCUCCAUACUGUCUCUCCUCUCUCUCUCUCCAUACUGUCUCUCUCCUCUCUCUCUCUCCAUACUGUCUCUCCCCUCUCUCUCUCUCCAUACUGUCUCUCCUCUCUCUCUCUCUCUCCAUACUGUCUCUCUCCUCUCUCUCUCUCCAUACUGUCUCUCCUCUCUCUCUCUCUCCAUACUGUCUCUCCUCUCUCUCUCUCUCCAUACUGUCUCUCUCCUCUCUCUCUCUCCAUACUGUCUCUCCUCUCUCUCUCUCCAUACUGUCUCUCCUCUCUCUCUCUCUCUCCAUACUGUCUCUCCUCUCUCUCUCUCUCUCCAUACUGUCUCUCCUCUCUCUCUCUCUCUCCAUACUGUCUCUCCUCUCUCUCUCUCUCUCUCCAUACUGUCUCUCCUCUCUCUCUCUCCAUACUGUCUCUCCUCUCUCUCUCUCUCCAUACUGUCUCUCCUCUCUCUCUCCAUACUGUCUCUCCUCUCUCCAUACUGUCUCCAUACUGUCUCUCUCUCUCUCUCCAUACUGUCUCUCCUCUCUCUCUCUCUCUCCAUACUGUCUCUCCUCUCUCCCUCUCUCUGCAUACUGUCUCUCUCUCUCUCCAUACUGCCUGUAACCCUGCCUGGAUAAUACACAGUACUGGUCCUGAUUUUAAUACUCUGAAAUGAUACUACUUAUUUACUGUUUCUGUUGAAGCUGGCCAACACACCAUACCUAACUACUUAUCUACUGCAUUUGAAUUGCCUUCUCGUCAUUGGUGGCAGAAUGAGAUGCAUUUUUAAACCACUUGAUGGGAAAUCCCAUUCGCAUGUUGUUGUUGUUGUUGCUGUCCGUUUCCUAACCGACACCAGGGUUGUAUAGUUUAUCUGAUUCAGAAAGGUGCUGUCAGUUGUUUUGAUCCUUAGCUCUCCCACCUGUGCUACUAGAAUGUAACCCACUUCCUGCUUAUUACCUGCUUUAGUUUCCUGUAGCCAGUGAAACCCAGCUAGCUGGUGUUGCAGUAGAUGAGAGAUCCUGCUGGGGGGAGAAGAUGGGCUCUUAAUCUCUUAUUAACUAAUGUUCUUCUGAAUGUGAUGAUGAGACAGUGUUACAUUAGUUAAUUCAGCAACAUUGAAACUGUUUGAAUCAGUUGGAAUAGGAAAUGGGUAUUUUUUUAAAUGAUCAUUUAUCAAUAAAAUGAACGGAUGCGACUCUU